ACCAAUGAGAAGCGUGCACGAGGGUGGUGGGCGGGGCUCGGCGUGACCCGAAACGGGCGGAGGUGGCGGCGGACGCAGCCCGACGAUUGCCCUUCCUGCUGCUGACAGCCCAGCUUGCUAAGAGAAGAGGCAAACAGCAGCUCUGCUCCUCAGCUCCGCUCACCUUCAGUCCGUGUCCCUGCAGGCACUGAGCCAGGAUGGGUUUUGCUGAGGACAAAGUGUACAAUCACAUCCUGAGGAACAUGAGCAGGUUCUGUGACAUCCACGUGGCGUCGCUGGUCGAUUCCCUGAGCUGCCUUACCGAUGCUGACAGGGAUGAGCUUCACACCCGGCAGGAGAUGCGGGGGAUCCGUGCCACCGUGUACAAAUUUUACCAGCACCUGAAGUGCCGAAAGGGCUGGGUGAUGGAUCUGAUCAAUGCACUGCACCAGAACAAUGCAGGGCACCUGGCUGAGGAGCUGCAGCAGGUUUAUGACCGCUACCAAGCCUCUCCUCCAGGUGCCUUGGCUCCUCCAAGUGCUUCAGCUCCUGCUGCCUGGCCUGCUGUUUCCUCUGACGGUGCCCUAAAGCCAUUCUCAGGGCCAAGCUCUGCUGCAGAAGCCCCAAAGGCUGAGCCACCACGCUCCAACCCAUCUGCUGGUGGCCGUCCACCUCUCUCACCUGCUGCUGCCACCACCGCGACCUCAGCUGUGAGCUCGGAUGUUUCCAGCACAGAGCUGGAUGCCAGGGCACCGGUACAGGAAUCGCGCCCAGAAAGACAGAGUCCCCAACCACCGCUGAUGACGAGCACGGUCUGUGAUGGCAAAGAGAAACCUGUCCCAUACCCCACUAAAGAGCAUCAAGAGGCAGUGGAGACCCCUGGGGCAUCCAGCACAGUUUUACCAUCUGUGUCCCCUGAGCAGGGCCAGGAGUGGCUGAGCCACCGGCAUCCAGUGUGUGUGGACAAUGGGCGUUUUGGGAACGCAAACCACCUUCAACGUGGCGUGCCAAACUUGGAUCGGGGCUCUCUUCCACCAAAGGAUUUGAGUGCUGCUUCUGGCCCUGAGCAAACCAGGAAUGAGCCCCAAGAAGAUGUCUACAUCUCCAGUGAGUUGCCUAUGAGGUUGGUGGAGACCACUGGCGGUGGGGGACUGCAGCCCCCAGACUCUCUGAGGACACAGGAGGAACGAGCUGUGCACAGUUUCAAGCACGACGGGCCCCCGAGCAGCUUUGUGGAUGUGCGCAACCCCUUGCUUAUACAACAGCAGUUUGAUGUAGAGCAGAAGCAGAUUGAGAGAGAGCGUGAAGGAGGUGGAGAUGUUUGGAAGGAAACAACCACCUCAGUCUCAACCUCUGCACCCAGAGAUAUUUCCCCAUUUUCUGACACCUCCUUGAAGCCUCCUGUACGAGAGAGAAUGCUGCCUGGGGAGGAAGCAGCCAGUAGCACCCCCUCCAUACCAGAGAAGGAGCAAGUAGGUGACCUUUCAGUUAUUGGUUGCAUUUCCUUCAGGUCCUUGCAAAGUCCCCCUUGCAAGGAUGGUUUUUGCUGCAGUAUAAGAUUUUCAGCUGGUGGU